AUGGUAUGGAGCCGUACUGGACCCCCUCCACAGGUGUCAGCGUUUGGAAACCAGUCGUCAGGUUACACCUAUAUCAGUCUUUCACUUAGUGCAGUCAUCGGAAGUGUUGCUGUCAUCUGUAGUGGUGCUGUCGUCGGGAGUGGUGCUGUCAUCAGUACUGGUGCUGUCAUUAGAAGUGGUUCUGUCGUUUGGAGUGGUGCUGUCAUCUGUAGUGGUGCAGUCAUUGGAAGUGGGACUGUCGUAGGGAGUGGUGCUGUCAUCUGGAGUGGUGCUGUCAUCUGUAGUGGUGCUGUCAUCGGAAGUGGUGCUGUCAUCUGUAGUGGUGCUGUCGUCGGGAGUGGUGCUGUCGUAGGGAGUGGUGCUGUCAUCUGGAGUGGUGCUGUCAUCGGGAGUGGUGCUGUCAUCGAUAGCGAGCUGUCGUUUGGAGUGGUGCUGUCAUCGGUAGUAGUGCUGUCAUCAGAAGUGGUGCAGUCGUCCGGGGUGGUGCUGUUAUCGAUAGAGGUACAAGUGCGUUUGCUGGUAGUUUCACUUAGUGCAGUCAUCGGAAGUGUUGCUGUGGUCAUCUGUAGUGGUGUGCUGUCAUCGGGAGUGGUGCUGUCAUCGGUAGUGGUGCAGUCGUUGGGAGUGGUGCAGUUGUCGGGAUAG